AGAAGUCAGGGUUCCUAGGAUGAGCUGGGCCCUCUAGUGGUUGACGUGGGGCUUCCGGCGUGGCACGACAAAAAGCGCUUAAAGGCGCACCAAUCCCCCUGGGAAUAAGACCCAGGACGUAGCUCGGCUUGGUUCCUCCGGAGGGCUUCAAACCUACGGGACACUCUUAGACCUGCCCCAGAGAAACUGAAGCUGGUGCGUGCGCACGCUCCCGGGAACCGGCCGGUGAACGAAAGCAUGCGCACGCGCGGUCUUGUCGCCUCCCAGCAUUCCGGGUGCUGGCAGGACGUGUGACGUCAGGCCGUUUAAUCCGGAAACGGCGUCGGCAGAGGAGACAGAACCGAGGGGCUGUCUGUUGGUGGGCGCUCUCGGGAUCCGAGCAAGAGGAGCGUGACCCGGAAGCGGAAGCGGGUCACCGUCCGAGCUCCGGGGCCCCUGCAACUGCCCUGCCCUUGGCGGCCAGGAUCCCAAAUGCCCCAGUGCACCUACACACGUACGUCCACGGCGAAGACUCCAGGGCCUCACCCCCUACUGGGUUCUGGAGAGGGAGGCUGCAGCCUUGAACAGGCACUAGGAAGGAAGAGGAGCCAGGUUGAUUCACACUUGCCCCAGGCCCACUGGCAGGCUCCUGCCGCCAUGGACCUGUUGUUUGGGCGCCGUAAGACACCAGAGGAGCUGCUGCGGCAGAACCAGCGGGCCCUGAACCGUGCCAUGCGAGAGCUGGACCGUGAGCGACAGAAGCUGGAGACCCAGGAGAAGAAAAUUAUUGCAGACAUCAAGAAGAUGGCCAAGCAGGGCCAGAUGGAUGCCGUGCGCAUCAUGGCAAAGGACCUGGUGCGCACAAGGAGGUACGUGCGCAAGUUUGUGUUGAUGCGGGCCAACAUCCAGGCUGUGUCCCUCAAGAUCCAGACACUCAAGUCUAACAACUCAAUGGCGCAAGCUAUGAAGGGCGUCACCAAGGCCAUGGGCACCAUGAACAGACAGCUGAAGUUGCCCCAGAUCCAGAAGAUCAUGAUGGAGUUUGAGCGCCAGGCUGAGAUCAUGGACAUGAAGGAGGAGAUGAUGAACGAUGCUAUUGAUGAUGCCAUGGGUGAUGAGGAUGAUGAAGAGGAGAGUGAUGCUGUUGUGUCUCAGGUCCUAGAUGAGCUGGGAUUGAGCCUGACAGAUGAGCUGUCAAACCUUCCCUCCACCGGAGGCUCACUCAGUGUGGCUGCUGGUGGGAAGAAAGCGGAAGCUGCAGCCUCUGCCCUGGUCGAUGCUGAUGCAGACCUGGAGGAGCGGCUCAAGAACCUGCGGAGGGACUGAGCACCCCAUGGGCCAGUGAUGCCCGGCAUUUUCACUGUACUUUCUGUAAUAAAAGAGACUGAACACUA